AUGGCGGGCGGCGCGGGCUGGGCGGGCGCCCCCGCGGCUCUGCUGCGCUCCGUGCGCCGCCUGCGCGAGGUGUUCGAGGUGUGCGGCCGCGACCCCGACGGCUUCCUGCGCGUGGAGCGCGUCGCGGCGCUGGGGCUGCGCUUCGGCCAAGGCGAAGAGGUGGAAAAACUUGUGAAAUACCUGGAUCCCAACGACCUGGGGAGAAUCAACUUCAAGGACUUUUGCCGAGGGGUGUUCGCCAUGAAAGGGUGUGAGGAACUGCUGAAGGAUGUGUUGUCGGUGGAGAGCGCGGGGUCGCUGCCCUGCACGCCGGAGAUCUCAGACUGUGUGGAGCAGGGCAGCGAGGUGCCAGGCCUGACCUUUGCUGAUGGCGAGCUCCUCCCCAGGGACCCCGGCUUCUUUCCCGAGGACGAGGAGGAGGCUAUGACACUGGCUCCACUCGAGGGCCCCCCCGAGUCAGACAUGGACAGCCCCAUGGAGAGCACCCAGAGCCUGGAGGGGUCAGUCGCUGAGGAGAAGGACGGAGGUCUCGGGGGCCUGUUCCUGCCAGAGGACAAGUCCCUGGGCCAUACUCCGUCCAUGACCACGUCAGACCUCUCCACACACUCCACCACCUCGCUCAUCAGCAAUGAGGAGCAGUUUGAAGACUAUGGUGAGGGGGACGACGUGGACUGUGCCCCCAGCAGCCCCUGCCCCGAUGAUGAGACCAGGACCAACGUCUACUCGGACCUGGGAUCUUCAGUGUCUUCCAGCGCGGGGCAGACUCCUAGGAAAAUGCGCCACACCUACAACAGCGAAUUGCUGGAUGUUUACUGCUCUCAGUGUUGCAAGAAAAUCAACCUGCUGAAUGACCUGGAAGCCCGACUGAAAAACCUGAAGGCCAACAGCCCUAACAGGAAGAUCUCUAGCACAGCCUUCGGACGGCAGCUCAUGCAUAGCAGCAACUUCAGUAGCAGUGACGGCAGCACUGAGGACCUGUUCCGCGACAGCAUUGACUCCUGUGACAAUGACAUCACGGAGAAGGUGAGCUUCCUGGAAAAGAAGGUGACCGAACUGGAGAAUGACAGCCUAACCAACGGGGACCUGAAAAGCAAGCUGAAGCAGGAGAACACGCAGCUGGUGCACAGGGUGCACGAGCUGGAGGAGAUGGUGAAGGAUCAGGAGACCAUGGCCGAGCAGGCCCUGGAGGAGGAGGCGCGGCGGCACCGAGAGGCCUACAGCAAGCUGGAGAGGGAGAAGAGCACGGAGAUCGAGCUGCUCAACACCAGGGUGCAGCAGCUAGAGGAGGAAAAUGCUGAGCUCAGAACAACAGUGACCCGGCUCAAGGCACAGACGGAGAAGCUGGACGAGGAGCGGCAGCGCAUGUCCGACCGGCUGGAGGACACGAGCCUGCGGCUCAAGGAUGAGACUGACCUGUACAAGCGCAUGAUGGACAAGCUGCGGCAGAACCGCCUAGAGUUUCAAAAGGAACGGGAGGCGACACAGGAGCUCAUCGAGGACUUGCGGAAGGAGCUGGAGCACCUGCAGAUGUACAAGCUGGACUGCGAGCGACCGGGCAGGGGUCGCAGCUCGUCCUCCAGCCUGGGCGAGUUCAGCGCCAGGGCCCGCGAGGUGGAGCUGGAGCAUGAGGUCAAGCGGCUCAAGCAGGAGAAUCAUAAGCUGCGGGAUCAGAAUGAUGACUUGAAUGGACAGAUCUUGAGCCUCAGCCUCUAUGAAGCAAAGAACCUCUUUGCCACCCAGACCAAAGCCCAGUCUCUGGCUGCAGAAAUAGACACAGCCUCUCGUGAUGAGCUCAUGGAAGCCCUGAAGGAGCAGGAGGAGAUCAACUUCCGGCUGAGGCAGUACAUGGACAAGAUAAUCCUCGCCAUCCUGGACCACAACCCCUCCAUCCUUGAGAUCAAACACUGAGACAAGGGCUGGCUGCAGAGCAGCCUUGGGGACUCAGACCCCCGGACCCUGGGACCAAGGGGCAGACCCUGCUUGGGGAUGCAGCCCAAGCCGGGCCACACACGCACUCGCGUGUGCGCAUGUGUGUGCGUGAGUGCACACACACACACACACACACACACACGCACACUGUAAAUGUAUCUCCGGCCACCACGUCAUGUGUACUGGUGUGUAUGUGGGGGAAGCCGUGCACACAGCAAGGGGUGAGCGUGGGGCCGUGGGUGUGACAUCUGUGCCCUUCCUGUCCCCUCAUUCUGUGGCCUGUCUGCAGGGGCAGAUGGUCCAGGAUGUGGGAGGGGCAAGGUCUGCGAUCGGGAGUUACUGUAAUAACAAGAACUGGAAGAUGGCGUCUCAGAUACUGGACAAAAAUGAUUCUACCUCUGGGGAGGAGGAUUAAAACAUGCUCUAGUGAGACAAGCUCUUUCACACCAGUCCCCGUUCCCUCUGGGAGUGGGAGCCGAUGUCUGAUCUUUUUCAGGAACUCGAAUGCCCGACGACUACAUCCUCCCCAACCUUUGACCACCUUUGAAGCCUAGGUGCUCAGGCCCUCCCAGAGCCCCCUCCCCAGCUGGCAGCCCCCACGAUCCUUGGGCACUGUGUGUCCAAAGGACUCAGGCCUGCAGAGGCCCAGGUAGCGUGGGGCGACCUUCAUUCCAAGAGUUCUUGGUAUUUUUAGAGUUCCCUGUACACCUCCCCAUCCCCGCUUACCUACCUCUUUCUGUUUUAUUUUUAAGACCGUGAAAAAUAAGCAGCAUUUAACUUGGGUGUACAAUGAAGGGAUUCAAAGGAAGGAGCCGGGGGACACUGUACGUGUUGGCAUGGGCCAUCCAGAGACCUGCUUUUCAGAGAGGAGCACGCUCACACCCCUGUUCGUUUCCUUCCCGCUGCUGCGUCCUAGGA